GCUUCAUCUCUGAUCUGAGAGCUCUCCUCUGCUGCAGUCGCAUCUUUCCCUUUCCAGCUUCUGACACCGCAAGAUCUCAUCAGCAGGAUGCCUGAACAUGUGUGAGUAAUCAGGCUCUGUGGACUUAUUUUAGACACAAUCACACAAAAUAUUUCCCAGCAUGGUUAAGGAUUAAUCUUUGGUUUUAACUUUCACUUGAAUUAUUUUCCUAUUUUCUUUUACAGCCAAGAGAGGAAGCCGAAGAUCUCAGCUUCAAGGAAGUUGAUGCUCAAGAGUCUGAUGGUGGCAAAGGCCAAGGAGGAAUUGGAACAGGAGGUUGUUGUCAAAGAGGAGGAAAAACAGAACUAUCUGUCAGAGAGAGCUCCUCCUCUAAACACUAGCGGUCUGAGCCUUGGACAACUACAGGAACUCUGCAGAGAGCUCCAUGCCAAAAUAGAUGUGGUUGAUGAGGAGCGAUACGACAUUGAAGCCAAAGUGAUGCUCAACAAACGUGAGAUCAAAGACCUGAACAUCAAGGUGUUGGACCUCAGGGGGAAAUUCAAGAGACCUAGUCUUCGUCGUGUUCGGGUGUCUGCUGACGCCAUCCUUCGCUCCCUGCUGGGCUCUAAGCACAAAGUCUCCAUGGACCUGCGGGCCAACCUCAAAUCUGUCAAGAAAGAGGACACUGAGAAGAAGAGGCCAGUAGAGGACAGUGACUGGAGGAAGAAUGUGGAGGCCAUGUCAGGGAUGGAGGGAAGGAAGAAGAUGUUUGAUGCUGCUAAGGGUCCUGCGCAGUGAACCCAGAAGGCAUCUGAACCAAUUUUAUAUUCAGUCUAUUGCACAUUCUGUAUUUCUCUUUAAUGGUGUCAAUUUAGUGCAUGCUCAUUUAGUUAAUGCUCCCUGAAAGAUUUUCCAUACUUUCCUUAACUGUUUGAUGUUCAAUAAUAAGGUGUUAAAUAUGAAUUUAACUAUGUGCAAUGUGUUAUUAUUUGGGAUUUUCUCAUAACCCCAUAGAUUUAAAAGCUCAUUUCAUUCCCAGAUCUCCUGCAUAUUUGUAUGUCAAAAAAGGCUGCCUGUAUUUUUAAACGCAGAUGUGGAUACUAUUAUCAAUUAUCUUGUUGCUAAACAAAACUGCAGCUUUCAUGAUCUUGCUUGGUAAAAAACGGUUAGAAUGAGCUGCAAAAAAUGAUUUGCAUUUCAUGAGAGGAAUAAUAAAACACACAAAAUGCAUUCUUCAUUUCAA